AUGGAGUACGUCAGAGGCAAGCAAGACCUCCCACCGCCUGGUGGCUUUGAGACAGUCAAAUACAAGCGAUCACUCCCGCUGAAAGGACCCAGCGGAGCAGUUAUCUUCGGCACGAUCCUCGCGAUAUCUGGCUGGGGAUUCUACAAGCUCGGCCAAGGGAACCUUGAGAUGCGAGAACUCGAGCGUGAAAAGAUAUGGUCACGCAUCAACAUAGUACCUGCACUGAUGGCAGAGAACGACAGGGACAUCUACAGGAGAGAGCGUGCGGCAAUGGCACGUGAAAGCGAGAUAAUGAAAGAUGUAAAGGGCUGGCAAGUCGGUCAGAGCGUGUACAAUGGCAAGAGGUAUAACACGCCAUCCAUGUAUGUCCUGUAG